AUGGAGAAAGUCGUAAUCGCGGUAUGUGUGCUCAUGACUGUGAUCAGUGCCCUGCCUCCGAGGCACAUCAAAGGAAUUCAGAUCAAGAACAAUGGACAAGAAGGACUUUGGAUAGAAAUGACGAAUGAAAACAGUUUUAAUUUACCAGCUGGGCAAAUGGCGUCCGUUAUCCUUGAAGACAGCUGGUCGGGUAAAAUAUUCGCCAGGUCGGAAGAGUGUCAAUACAAGAAGUGUAAUUCGCCAUACACGGUGGCAGAACUGACGUUCGGAGGAGACGCGAAGGAUGACAGAUAUCGUGUUUCUGUCAUAGAUGGAUACAAUAAACCGAUUAAGAUCCAACCAAGCGGCCCCAACAACUUCUGCAAAGUUUCUUCGUGUAAGAUCAACCUCAAGCUGAACUGUCCUCCAACACACCAAAUCAAGGGAGAAGACACUGAUGACACGGUAGCUUGUCACGCGCUUCCGGAUGUUUUCCAGAGUUUAUGUCCCCAUGCAGCUACAUCUGAUACUGACAAAGACAUGUUCUCGUGCAAGACUUCAAAUACAUAUUUCGUCUCAAUUGGAUAA